AUGAAUAAUUUUAAAACAAGCACCAAAAGUGAUAAAAUUAAGGUUCUGAAUGUAGCAGAGAAACCAUCUGUGGCUAGAUCCAUUGCAAAUGUGCUUAGUAAAGAUCAUCGUAUUGAAGAAACCAAAUCCCCAUUUAACAAGCUAUUCAAGUUGGAUUAUAGAUUAAAAGAUGUGGAAGUGGAGAUGUGGAUCACGUCUGUUACUGGGCACUUGAAGAGUUUGAAGUAUCCCCAAAAAUACCAGAGUUGGGAGAAGUGGGAUCCAAUCAUAAUUUUAAAGGAAGCUGAAAUAGAAAACAAUAUAUCAACAGAUAAGUAAAACUUAGAAUUGAAUCUAAAAAACUUUGCUUCGAUCUGUAAUCGCUUAAUCCUUUGGUUGGAUUGUGAUAGAGAAGGUGAAAAUAUAGCAUUUGAAGUGAUGGAAGUAUGUCGAGAAGCUAAUCCCAAUAUUCAAGUGAAUCGAGCUCAUUUUUCAGCCGUCACUUAUGUUGAUGUUCGAAGAGCCUUAGAUACAUUGAAAUAUCCAGAUCAAAACUUAUCGAAUUCAGUCAUAGCCAGAUAAGAGAUAGAUCUCAGGAUUGGUGCAUCCUUCACUAGAUUUCAAACUUUAUUACUCUAAAAACAAUUUAAUCUAUCAUCUAUAGUAAGUUAUGGUCCAUGUCAAAUACCCACUCUUGGUUUCGUAGUUCAAAGACAGAAAGAGAUCGACUCAUUUGUCAAAGAGUAGUUUUGGUUCAUCUAAAGUGAAGAUGAUUAGAAAUGCAUAUAUAACUGGGAUCGUACGCAUUUAUUUGAUGAAUUUAUUGUUGCCUUGUUGUUUGAGAGAUGUUAUUAAGAAAGUGCUACAGUGAUUAAUGUGUAAUAAAAGGAUGUUCAAAAAUGGAAACCCUAUCCCUUGUGUACCAUAGAAUUCGAAAAGUUGGCAUCUAAGAAAUUAAGGAUCUCAGCACACAAGGCAAUGGAAUUAGCAGAGAGAUUAUAUAAUAAAGGAUACAUCAGUUAUCCAAGAACAGAAACCAACAAAUUCCCACCUACUAUCAAUCUAUAAACUAUCAUCAGAGAUCAAUAGAAUCAUCCAGUGUGGGGAGAAUAUGCAACCAAUCUACUCAACUUCGCUUUUGAAUAUCCUAAAGCAGGAAAUAAAGAUGAUAAAGCACAUCCUCCAAUACAUCCAGUUAAAAUGAUGAUUGAAAAUGAAGCACAAAAUAAAUAGGAAUGGGAUGUUUAUCAACUUAUUACCAGGCAUUUCUUAGCCUGUUGCUCCAAAAAUGCCAAAGGAUCUGAAACUACUAUUACUUUAUAAAUUAACGAUGAGACCUUCUCUAAAUCAGGACUGGUUAUUAAAGAAAAGAAUUAUUUAGAAAUAUACAUCUAUGAAGAAUGGUCUCAAUCUUAGGUUCCAAAUUAUCAAUAAGGAGAUUCUAUCAAAAUCAAAUUAACACUUUAAAAAGGAUCAACCUCUCCUCCUAAACCUAUGACUGAAGCUGAACUCAUAGGCUUGAUGGAUAAAAAUGGCAUAGGAACUGAUGCUACAAUUCAUGAACAUAUCAAUACUAUUUAAGAUAGAGAGUAUGCAACCAAGAGAGGUUAAAUCAUUAAACCUACCAAAAUUGGACUUGCUCUCGUUGAAUCCUAUGAAAUUUUGGGCUUUACUUUGCAUUAACCAUUUCUAAGAGCAGUAAUGGAACAAAGGAUGAAUGAAGUUGCCCUAGGGAAGAAAGAGAAAUCUUAGAUAGUUCAAGCAACUAUAAAUGAAAUGACUAUUAUUUUAAAAUAACUUUAAGAGAAGUAAAAUUUAAUCAUAAAGACAUUUGGAUCAUAUUUGGAGGCUCUAAAAAAUUAUGAUGAAGACAAUGAUAAUGAUGAUAAUAAUAAUCAACCAAGAAUACCAUUAGAUGAAGGAGAAGAAACCACCUAGAAUUAGCCAAAAGCAAAUAAAAAAACUAGGAAUUAAAGAAAUAAGAAAUCAGAUGAAUUACCAAAAAAUUCAAUAUUACCUCCUUCAAUUUGUUAAUUUUGUAAUUCCUUAUGUGUUACUAAUAAAUAAUUAAAUGGAAAAUUAAUCUAGAUUUGUCCCAAGCUCUGUCAAAUCUAAGAAGAUAUUAACUAAAAUGGCCAUCAUCAAUCUACACAAAACAAAGAUAACUGUUUUUAAUGUAAUUUAUGCUAAAAUUUCAUGAAAAUUAGAUAUUCAAAGAUUAAAAAAACUAAUUUUUUGGGAUGCUCCUCCUAUCCAUAAUGCAACUAAGCCAUUUUUCUGCCAGAUACUGUUAAAUCAAUUAAAUUGAUUGAUAAAAAAUGUACCAAAUGUGGAUCACCUUUGUUUUCACUUUAAUUUAAUGAAAAUUAUAACUAAGUUCAUUAAGCCUCCUUUUUUUGUUUAUUUCCAGGUUGUUAAUUUAUCAUAAAAACUGAUUGGAAAUAAAAUAAAGACUCAAAUCAAACUUCAUUUGUUGGUAAGCAAUAAAAUAAAGUUGAAAACACUGGAAAGUACCCAUUCAACCCUCAUUAAUAAAAUAAGAAUUUCUAUAAUAAAGAAAAAUCAAAUAAUUAAUAAAAGUUUCCUUAUUAAAAAAAUUGAAGAAUACUGAAAUAUAUAUACAAUUCAUACAUAUAUUUUAAUAUUAUAUCAAAAA